CAACAUAUUAAUUCGAAACUUAUUUCAAUUGGAUUGCUUCAUCCGGGCACCUGCACUAAGAUGGCGGAUUCUGCAACAUGGCAAAACUUGCCAAGAAUGUGCCAAGCUUUUGGAUAAAAGUAGCGGAUAUUUUACUUAUAUCUUGAAUACGGACAUAUUACGGGUCCAUAUCAACAUUUACGGAUACAUUUUACAGGAAUACAUUGAACUUUUAACAAGCAGAAUGUAAAUUUGACAACAUUGAUGUGAAAGAGAUUAAGUCAUACACAACCAUGAGUAAGGUUAACUUUGAGAUGGAAGGGAUGAUGAGUGGCGAUUCUGACUCGUCGGAUGAAGGCAGAAUGCAAAUAGACGAAUCAGCAACAGCAUCAUCAGGGGGCCCACAGACAGCAGAGGAUACAAAAUUAGAAGAGGAAGAGGAGGAGGAAGGCAGUGAUGAUGAGGAAGAUGAUGAUGAAGAUGAGGAGGAGGGUGAUGAGGAAGAGGGCGAGGACGAUGAAGACAGUGGUGGGGAAGUCGAUGAGGUUGAAGGGGAGGAUGAUUCUGAUGAAGAGUGGGAGUCGGAGGAGGAGGAGGAGGAAGAAGCACAAGCUGCUGGCCUAGUGGUUGAGAGCGACUCUGAUGAUGAGAAUGCUGACAAUUGCCCAAUCUGUCUCAAUCGCUUCAAAGAUCAAGAUGUUGGCACUCCUGAAGCUUGUGACCACAACUUCUGUCUUGAGUGUAUUCAAGUGUGGGCAAAUAAUGUGAACACCUGCCCCGUUGACAGACAGGUGUUCCGCCUGAUUCUUGCCAGACAUCCCAGCGAGGACAAGGUUUACAAGAAGAUCCCUGUAGAAGAUAAAAAUGCUCAGGAGGAAGAGGUUGAGGAAGAGCCGACAUACUGUGAGGUGUGCGGCCGAUGCGACCGAGAGGACAGACUUCUGCUGUGCGAUGGCUGUGACCUAGGGUAUCACUGUGAGUGUCUGUCACCACCUCUGGCCGACAUCCCUGUAGAGGAGUGGUUCUGUUCAGACUGUGCCGCAGCCAACAGGGAAGGUGCUGUUGAAGAAAGUGAAGAGGAAGAUGUAGACAUUCGUCCCCGACGCCGUCUCAUAGCUCGUACUCUAGUCAGUGAAAGAGUGAGGACACGGAUCAGACAGACCCGUGUUGAGAGGGCUUUACGGAUACCACCAGAACUCAUCUCAUCUGAUGAAGAAGGUGUGUCCGCUGCUUCAUCAAGUCAACCCUCGGCAUCUCCUGCGAAGAAGAAAUCUCCUGUCAAACGACGAAAAAAGACCACUAGGCGGAAAACCCGUAAACGUAAGAGUCCGAAGAAGCGGAAAACUAAAUCUACAAGCACUAAAACUAAUAAGAAAACUGUCGGCAAGCGGAGGAAGAGGAAGAGAAAGGGUGUAAAGAAGCGAAAGCUGAAGAGAGGCAGCCCACUUACAGCAGCCCCUGCCUCCACCACGGUUAAGUCUCGGAUCGCGGGCCGUCUUGGUCUGUCCAAGCCCCCAUCGGGACUCUCUAUACCUAUGCAGAAGCUGCCCUUGGAGAAGACUCUGGCACAACACCAAGCCGAGGAUGGUGGCUUCUCCAUUCUUGGCCAUAAGGAUGAUCUAGAUCAUUUCCAAGACGAUGAUAUAUCAACUGAAGUUCAGCCAAGUGGAAGUGGCAAGGCUGGCCGUCUCACCAAGUAUUCUGUAUUGUCAUUGAAGUCCCAUCGCCCUGUUGGCAGAGUGAGAAUUCCCAAAGCGUCAACUCCGUCCACCCUUGUGGUCGAGCCAGCAGCAGCAAGCAGCUCCACCUUCGACAUCCUGGGCUGCAUCAUGCAAAGUCAGAGCAUGCUCAGCAUGAAGAGUGGGGAUGUCACAAUCAAGAGAGAUGGUUCUCUCGUCGCUAACAAACCAGUCCCAAAGGCAGAAGUUCAUCUAAAAGACGGCCACACUUUUGAGUUAAACACAUCUACAAAGAAGGAUGUUGAUGAGUAUGAUCCGUGUCACCCAACAGAUGAAGCCCAGGAGGAAGCUCCAGCUGAAACACAGUCCUCUAAGUCUGGCCACCUCGUUCCAGCAGCCUCCAUUGGCUUUGAGUAUGAUCCUUUCGACCCCACAGAUGACUCGCCAGCCCCAACAGGCAAACCCGAGUAUGAUCCUUCCUCUCCAACAGAAGAGGAAGCCGAAAUGGGAGAAGAUGUUGCCAAAGACAGUGAAGAUGAGACAGGUACUGCUAUGGAGGAUGUUGACAAGGAAGAUGCUGAGGAUAAGACUGAGCAAGAUGAUGAUUGUUCUAAUCUUGAUGGGGAGGAGGUAAAAGAGUCGGAAAAAACAGACGAGGAUUGUGUGAAAGAGGAUGAGUCAGAGGGUGAUUCCAUUCCAGGUAUCAAGAGCCAAAGUGAUAUUUUUGAAGCCAGUAGUGAGAUUACAUCUGAAGAUUCUAAGGUGAAUCCUGAAGCAAAGUUGGGUGAAUGUGAUGCUGGGUCCCAGAGUGAAGUGAUGGAGUACGCCCUGGAUGACACUUCCAUUGACUCAGAAAAACCUCUGCAGAUUGAUGAAGGUGGAGAAGAUGAAGACAGUCAGAAGGAAGAGGACGACACUGAUGAGACUGUUGCUGUGGAGGAAGUAGAGGAAACUGAAACAAAUUCGCAAGAUGCCAAAGAGGGUCAGGAGGAAGAGGAGGAGGUAGAAGAAGAAGUCGAGGAGGAAGAGGUUGCUGAAAAUGAGGAAGGAGAAGAGGUGGAGGAUGGUGAUGGUGAAGAAGAAGAAGAAGAAGUUGAGGAAGAGGAGGUUGAAGAGGAGGAAGAGCAAGAAGAACAGGAGGCAGGAGGUGAUGAAGAGGGUGAAAUUGAGGAAGAGAUUCAAGCUCGGACAAUGGGGUCAAAUCUAGGAGGAUGGGACACAGAUGAAUCUGACUAUGAAAUUACCAGGGAACAGGAAAACAAAGUGCCCAUUUCUGAAUUCCCACGUAUUCCUAAGAAGAGGAGUUACAGAAAUAAAGAUGCUGAUGAUGAUUUAAGGACAGUGUUGUCACGUUUAGAUGAAAAGGGCCAUGGUCACCGGGCAUUUGAAAAGAAGGAAUCUGUUCAUAAGAGUAAAGAGUCCAAAGAUAGGACUUCUAAGUAUGAUAAGAGAGAAAGAGACUAUGAAAGAAGGGAUAAAGAUAGACGUGAUGAUCGAGAAGAACGAUCACGUGAUAAGCAUAGCAGAAAAGAACUCUCACGAGGUGAAUAUGAAAGUUCAUCUCGGCAUAAACGAAGGAAAGAGACUAGAUCUAGAAGUAAGUCCCGAGAUAGAAAGGAUAGGUCUGGGUCACAUGACCGUAGAAGGUCAAGAUCACGUGAAAGAUCAUCUCGCAAAAAGCGUAGAGAACGUUCGUAUUCUCGUGAAAGAUCAUAUGAAAGAGAAAAGUCUCACAAGAAAAAGAGACGUGAUCGUGAUCGUAGUCGAGAUCGUAGUAGUGAACGUAGUAGUGAACGUAGAGGUCGUAGAAGUCGUUCUCGAUCUCACAGUCCUAGAAAAUAUUCUGAAAGAGACAGUUUUUCUAAGCAAAAUCGUGAUAGUGAAAGAUCUUUUAAAAGGAAGAGUGAAAGGGAAGAUUCUAGGAGUGAGUACAAGAAGAUUCGAUCUGGAGAUGAAACGGAAAGGGAAAAUACCAAGUAUUCCUCAGUGAAAGUUAAUCACAGUGCACCCAAGUUAGUGCCUGUAUCUUUCACAGAUGACCCAAUUGUUCUUAGUGAUGAUGAAGAUGAGGAGCAGGACCAUGAAAAUAUACCUCUGCCAUCCUUCGGGCCAAGUGGAAGUGCAAAGCCUGAUUUGGCAAAGAAAAAUGAAAAUCUGGACAUCAAAGGUGAUAAGCCUGAUGCUAAAAGUGAUAAAUCAGAAAGCAAAAGUGAAAAGUCAAAGAGUGAUAAAUCGGCAAGUAAGAGUGAAAAGUCUGAAUCGAAAAAUGAAAAACCUGUCCGUCUUCAGUUGAAGUCGGUUACCGGUAGUAAGUUGUCUGAGCAGUUGAUAAAGCGAGGUGGUAUUUUCGGCAAGGAGCCAUCUGUGUACGACCCUGCUCACCCUACAGAUGAGGAGCAGGAGGUAGAGAAGGGAAUCUCUGUGGACUUUCAAGGUGUUGUGCCCAACAGUACGUCACCUGACCUUCCGCCACAGCUCAUGCAAAAUGCUCACGGACAGGGGCCUUUCAUAAGUGAGAAUGCAUAUAUUUUGACAAGUGAGCCAGGGGUUAUGCAGCCACAAAAUAUUCCUCUGCCUGCUGUGACAUUCGGGAUGCUUCAUCCCAGACUUCAACCAGGUUUGCCCCAGAGACAGAUUCUCAUGAACCCUGUUAUGUUAAAUCAGCCACCCCCUUUCACACAACCCCAACCAGGUAGAUUCCCACGUCUCCCGACCGGGACCAUGCCUCGGUUUGGCUGGCAAGUCAACCCCCCUGGGGGCAUGAUGCAGCUACAACAGAACAGAUUCGGUGCUCGUAUGCCCCCUGGCCCUGGGGGAAUGCCCACGGGGGCAAACGUGAUGAACGGUGGCUUCGACCCCAUGGGUCCAGAGCAUUCACGUCCUCCCUUCCCACCUAACAUGCACCUUCCGCCAGAUCCCAACCACCCACCUCCAGUACAGAUGAAGAUGAACCCGAUUCGUCCUCUGCUGCCAAACCCACUAAGACCACCUCCUGGACCACAGGCUCCCAAAUCUCAGCUGGAACAGUUAGAAGAGAUCUCAAAGUUAUUAAGUGCUCAAGCCCAGCUUGCUGCUCUUGAAAAAGACAAAUCCUCAUUUAAUUCCCCCAGUGGGAAGGGGAAUGGCAUCUUUAAGGUGCCCCUUCCUCCACAGUUGUUUGGUAAAGGGGCUUUACUGAAAGCGCAGGAGUCUGUGGAGACAACUGAGGUUGUGGACAUGGACAUGUCUCCGUUAGAUGAUGAUUGUGAACUGGAGCUGCCCACCCCACCUGACUGCAUGAACACUGACCCUGAUGAAAAACCCAAGAAGAGGACAGUUGACUUGAAAACUUUUAAGAAAACCGUCCAGGAGCUGUCCUCAACUCAGGAUGAUCUGCCAUCAUCAGCUGCAGACCUCACAAACAAGGACAAGUAUUUGAAGAAGCUGCAUCUCCAGGAACGGGUUGUUGAUGAAGUGAAGCUGGCCAUCAAACCCUUCUACAGCAGCAAGAAGAUCAAUAAAGAUGAAUAUAAGGAGAUUCUCAGGAAGGCUGUGCCAAAGGUGUGCCAUAGCAAGAGUGGAGAUGUUAACCCUGUAAAGAUUAGGGCUCUUGUGGAUGCAUAUGUUAGCAAAGUGCGCAAAGGUCGGAAACCACACAAGGAAGUUAAGAAGAAAUCCAAAGACGAUUCAAAAGCAAAUGGUGAAAGACUAAAGGGGAAACCAUCUCGAUAGCAUUAACUUAUUGUAUCAUAUAUUGAUGUAGCAAAUAAACGUGUGAGUGCUCGGUGACAUAUGAUAUGACUGCCUCUCACCUAUGUGACAUUUUGGACUCGUCCAUUGCUGUGAUGUGAUCAGUCGACAUGGUAUUUGAGGGGGUGACAAGCAACUGUUGGGCAGUCACUGUGGAACCUGCCAAUAUCAUAAACUGUUACUGCCUGUUUGGUCACAUCUUAUACCAUGGUGAAACUGUGUGUGUGUAAAUAUAUAUAUAUAUAUCAAUGUUGAUGCCAUUCAUCCAGGAAGAUAUUGUACAGCACAACUGCGGUGUAAAUUCAUCAAUUCCUUUAACCAUGGUAACGGAUUGGUUUAAGACUUUAUCCAGUGUGGAACUAGACCAACUGAAAACUGUGGAGUGAAAGUAUGUUAGUUUUGUGCAAAAACAUUCUUGCAAUUUCAUUUAGAUAAUCAAUCAUUGUUAAUAUUAUUACUUGGAGUUGUUUUCUAGGAAGCCUGUUGUCAGACAUGUGAGAUAAAUAGAUUUAUCACCUAUCAUUGUUACCUGCAGGGUCACAUGACCUCCAUUUCCAGGGCAUGAAAGCAUGGCUACAUAUCAGUUUGUUGGUGAAGUUUGACUGUUCUCCUGGGUGCAACAAAUUUAUUCUUGUUCAAGACACUGCGAUCCUAACUCUAGCCGCAGGUCUGGAGAAAACGUACCAGGCCCUCAUUCCACAAAGUGAUCUUAGGUUUCAGGUGGUUGUCAAUCGCAUACUUUAAACAUAGGCUUAUGAUCAUCAUGUUUUUUGUGGAACAGGGCCCAGGCAGUUAGUGAUGAAUUAUUAAAGGGGCCUGGAUUUUCAUUUGGAACCAUAUUUCAGUCACAUUUCAAGCUUUAUGAAACUAUAUUCCAUACUAUAGAAAAAAUAUUUUUGUCCCCAUCAAAUUUUGUUAAUCUAUGCUUCACUCAAGCAGUUUAUCCUAGAUAAAAUAUUGAAGUAUUUUCCUUUUGUGGAUAUAAUUCCUUUAAAAAUUUCCAGGCCACUUUUGAUGAAUGGGAAUUUUGAAGGCAAUCACAACUCAUGUAUGAAUGGAUUCUACUUAAAUGUUAGUUUUUACAAAAGUUUUCAGUCAUGACUAUCUGAUUUUUGUUCAAAGCUUUUUAAAUCAUGCAAGCUGAUAAAAUAAAGUGAAAUAGGGAUGUGUAACUUCAAUCUUUAUCAUCUCCAUUAAACCUGUCAUGCUGUUCAUGAAACCGACAGAUUUGUAUCCUUUGCUGUGUUGUGAAAAUGGCAGCUCAUGGCUAUAAACGUAGUCAGCAAGUUUAUCCAACUUGAUCAUGGUCAAAGGGAAUUGAGGACUGGAAAGGACCUGGCGUAUGCUGGCAACUUGUAGCUGAAAUGUUCCUGUAUUGUCAUUAGAAUAAAGAGUUUCUGGAGGAAGAUAGUCUGGAAGAUAGUCAGGUAUCUUGAAAGAUCACCAACAGGGAGGUGAUACUGGACUUGUGUCUUUCUCAAAGUGAACACAUCAUUUCAUUAUCAUUUCUUGAAAACUACUUUAUUAUCUGGAAUUAAGUUCAGGUGAAUAUUAAUUGAGAGAUGUAAAAUCUGCAAUCAUAUGAGCACUCAGAUAGGGCAUUUUUUAAAUAGUGUAGGAGGAGGUUAUUGCUGUAGAAAAUAUAUUAAUUUGGCUGCAACUGCAGCCAUAGAAGCCAGUCAUUUGGACAUUUGUCUCAUGUAUUGGGAUUCCUCAUCAGUUGUUUGUUUUGUUUAUAAAUUCAAACCUUUUGUCGCCUGGACAAAUAAUAUUUGUCUAAAUAUACCAUUUAUUUGAGGUCACCUGGACCCAUAUUUCCUGUUCUUUUAUAGAGCCCACAUAGCAGAAAUGUUGUUCAGUACAAAAGAACUGAAACACUGUCAGAGAGAGACAAGGAUAUGUAUAUAUCAGUUGAUCUUUGGGUCCUACAUAAGAAGAGGAAUCUUGUCAUCCAUACUGUAUCUGAAAUCUCACAGCUCAGGAAACACUCACUCUACUGACAGCAAAUCUCUGCAUGAUUUCAAGAUGCUUCCUACUCACGGUGAUGAAACAAGGCUUCCAUAGGCUGAUAACAGUUCUGCAUGUCAGAUUCUAUGAUCAUUCCAGUUUUAUUUAUACAGAGGCCUUUGUCCACCAUCGUUGAACAUGUAGACAUAAGCACUUAAGCUUGUCAGUAUGGUUGAGAGUCAUGGUUAGAGUAUUGGACUAUACAGCAGUACGGUGAAAGACCUACUUUAAGUUGGGACAGAUUUUAACUCUCUCUUUUUUUAGCCAAUUGCUAUAAAGUUUUGCACCCAUCUCUUAUUUGCUUGUUUAAUUAUCUGUUAAUUAUCAGAGACAGUUGCAUUUUUAAGCUAUAUUCAUAAUAAUGCAAAACAUAAAGACAGACAUGCCAGUAUAUUGUCAUGGUCCUGUAAAGUUCUUCAUCCUUCCAAAGCCUUCCAUUCCUGACAUUUUAUUCUUCCAAGACUUUAAUUCCCAGGCUUUUGUGUGUGAUUGCUUCUAGUGACAAGCCCUCAGUUUGUGUUGACUGUAGUUGUAGAGGAAGUGUUCUGUACAAAUAUUGCAUUCUUUUCUUAGUAAAGUGUUGUGUUCAAACAAACUGCAGCCUGUUUGUUCUGAAAAAGGUUCAAGUCAGGGGAUGAAUUACUAUGAUGAUAUACAAUGAAACAUUGAUAUUAGUCACCUUUAUUGUAUUCCAACAAGUCACUAGUCUUUUAACACAAUAUCCAAAAUGUUCCAGACAACUUUGCACCAUGUUCAGCUUGUGCUGUUUUCAAAACAGGAUUUUGAGCUCAGAAGCAGACUAGGCAGCUCACAUUACUGCAAACCUGUUAAAACUUGGUUUGUGCUAUGUGUAACUUAUUGUACAUUAUUGGGUAUUAGCCAAAAUCCCAGAACCUUUUUUUCAGCCUGCCCUUGAAGUAAUUUCAAAAUCUGUAUUUGGCGAAAGAAAUUGUGUAUAAUUUGAGAAAGUGUCAAAUGUUAACAUAAUCAAUUAUGGUUCUUGUGGAACAGUGAUUAUUUAUCCCUCUGUAUGGAGAUUAAGAUGUUUGAAAGUAGGAUGAUUAAUAAUUUCAUUGUGAUAUGUGAUUUCAAGGGCCAGGUUGGGAUAGGGUCUGGUGGUUUAAUGUACUGAUUGGCUAAUACUAGAUAAUGUGAGGUAGGAGAAGUUUGUGGUCUAUGUUCUUAUAUCAUUUUUUCACCCACCCAUGAUGUAAACAAACCAAAAUGCUGAAACACAGUUAGAAAUAGCUGGUCUAUUACCAACUGUCAGUUUGACUGACAGUGAAAUGAACUUGUAAGAACCUGUAUUGUCUUUGUCAUGGUGAGUAAUUGAAAAUCACAAUCAUGACUUUAAUUGGAGACAGUGCAAAUAUUUUUUAAUGCAUUUAUACCUGUCUUUAAGGUUGCUGACAAGUUUGUGAAGAAUGACAUUCAGAAAUAUUUAUUUCAAAGAAGUCUUCUGUAAACACUUUGUUCAGAUUCGUGUAAUUCACAGACAUAUUUCUAGGAUUUUUUUAAAAGGUUUUGUCCACAUUUUGUGGUCUUUCUUUGUUCAUACAUCAAAUAUCGUAAAAGUGUUAUGUGAAGUCAGUCUCGGUUACAAAUAUUUUGGAAGAUCACAUAACAGGGAUAAUUAUGGUCUGUUGUCAAUUUUUAAUCAUGAAAUAUAGGGUAUAAAAUGUUCUCCAAGGUUGGCCAGAUUGAGUACAGAAUUAAUUUCUUCAUUAGGAAAAGAGAUUGUUGCUCCACCUGUUUGUGUAAGAGAACCUGUCAGUUUAACAUUUUAUGAAUGUGAAGGUCUAGAAUUAUGCCAGAACUGAAGGACAGGAAAUCUUUAGUUCAUUGAGAAGUGUUUGUGGUUGAAGGUUUGCUUGCAGUGGAAAUGGAACAUAUUCCGACAUUGUUAUCGGACUUGUUACCUCUAAGGUCAGACAGUAUUUAUUGGUGAGAUUCAACUGUUUCUGUGGUGAGACCAAGCCACCUGUUCUGUGCUUUAUGAACCACAACCAGGGAUACAAACUAAUCUCGGCAUAAAAACCAAAGUGAUAUCCUGGGUGAAGAGAAAAACGCAGAGGUUUCUACCCCCAUUGGAUAAAUUAUCUGGUUCUCUGAGACGAACUCUGGACAUGUUGAAGUUUGAAAGUACCACUUUUGAGAGGAUGGAGGAAUGAAAUUCUUCACAAAUAUCAAGCAAAUGUUAGGUUUAGUUUAUUGUGUGGCCCCUCACUAUAAUGCAUACAAUGGGUGACGUGUAAGAUUUGUUCAUAAUGAACAUGUAUGAAUCGUAAAUAAAUGUAAGGAAAUAUGAAGUGUCAGUUCACCCAUGCACAUUGCCAAAACAGAGCAUCCGAUGGCGACAGUUAUCUUCAACAGCCUGCCUCUUAACUGUUAAGGGCAGAAGUUCAUAUGCUCUGUCCACUUUCUUCACUGAAGAUGAAUGAGAAUGUUUUUAUACUGUUUUUAGCAAUAUUUCAGCAAUGUCACAGCGAGGGACACCAGAAAAGGGCUUCACACAAUGAACCCAUGUGGGGAAUCGAACCCGGGUCUUUGGUGGAUGAGGAAACACUUUAACCCCAAGGCUACCCCACUGCCCCUUCACUGAAGGUAUACACUGUGUGCUCUUCAGUUCAGCAUCCUAUCACUAUGGUGAAACCAUUGGCUGCAGUUGUUCUGAACCAUGUUUUCCUUCUGUUUUUUUUUAAUUUUACCAAUUGAUACUGACAUGCUCUUAUGGAGAAAUUGGUACAUGUUUGACUGCCAAUUGAGAGCUAUGCUCUUGACAGUGGUCACUUUUAGCAAUAUUCAAGUAAUUGCAUAGCAGGUAUCAAAAACGAGACAUCCAUGCCGGGAAUCGAAACUGAACCUGCCUGGCAGAGAUUAACCCCUUAACCUCUAGGCUAUCUUACCACCAUAUUCAUGGGUGGAACUUGUGAUGGAUAUAUCAGUCAUAUCUUCCUUGCCUAAAAACUUUUACCUGUGUUGUCAGAAGGCUGUGGAGUUUUUAAUGGUAAUUUUGUGAUAAUGUUUUGUAAUUUGACUCCGAGGCUGAGGUAGUCUGGUGCGUUGUAUUGGCAGUGUAAUGUUGUGUUAUAGUGAGGGACUUUUGUAUAUGGAUUGUGCUAUAGUACAUGUUCUUCUCUCAUGUCUACAUGCAAUAAACAUGAUCAACCCAUA